CAGAGACCUCUCCGAGAUGUCAGGUAUUAGUCCGGAGGGGCAGAUCUGCGAGCCACAGAGCAGCUCCCGUGUCUACGGUACAUUAGCCUCUCCGUGGGAGAGGGAUCCCAGACAGCUCUGGUGGGGAGCCAGCCCAGGAGAUUUGUUAGCGGGCUGCUCCGGGGGAUACCAGCCACCUCCGGCACCCGAGCGCCAAAGGUGCUUGUGUUGCUGCUGCUGCUGCUGCUGGCGCAUUUCAUCCAAACUCCAGACAGAGCGGGGGCAAGUUGAACCGGAGACAUUAGAGCCACUGUGCUUUGGAGAGACGAGGGCGCACGGGGAGCGCAGCAGCACCAUGCCUGCUAUCAAGAAGGAGCGACUUGACAGGGAAGAGAUGGCCCUGGCAGCUUUUAACCAGCCCAUGGAAACCUUACCUGACUAUCUCGCCCCUCUGGCCGCCGCUGCCAUUCCGGUGGUAACCCCGCACCCUCCGGCUUACGACCAGAUCUUUGCCCACCGCGCGUACCUGGGCUUCCACGAGACCCACCACCCCCACCCGCACCACCCGCACCACCCCCACCACCUCCCCGAGGACCUGAUGCUGGAGAGGUUUUCCUCCAUCCCGGAUUUCCAACCUUUCUUUGACAACGGAGAGCCUUGCAUCGAGGUGGAGUGCGGGGAGAACAAGGCGCUACUCUACAUCAAUAAGUUGUGCCAGGGGAGCAAAGGACCCUCCAUCCGGUACCGGGGAGAGUGGCUCACCCCCAACGAGUUCCAGUUUGUCAGCGGCAGGGAGACAGCCAAGGACUGGAAGCGCAGCAUCAGGCACAAAGGGAAAAGUUUGAAGACUCUUAUGUCCAAAGGAAUCUUACAGGUACAUCCUCCAAUCUGUGAUUGCCCUGGGUGUCGAAUUUCGUCUCCAGUGAACCGGGGUCGCCUGGCAGAGAAGAGGACCAUCCCCCUUCCUCCAACCAGGAUCCCGAAGAAGGAGCUGACCUCCAUUUUCUCACACAGUGACGACAGCGAAGAGAGUGAUAAGAGCAAUGGUCAACACCCUGAAGUAAAGCAGGAGGAGGAUCUCCACAUCAGUAUCAUGAAAAGAAGGAUACACACCCACUGGGAUUUAAACAUCUCCUUCCGAGAGACCUCUUGCAGCCGUGAUAACGACCUUUCCACUAUCAUCUCCAACCUGCAUCAGAGUCGUCAGCUCGUUAUGCCAGAGACCCAGAGCCGUUGUGAAUUCAAGAGAAACAGCAUCGACGUUGGCUUAGGAGCAGCAGAUGAAAUUUUAGGCAAGAGAAGAGUAUGUUCUCCCAACAGCAGCAGUGAGUGUCCUUUAGAGAGCAAGAAAGCCAGAAGUGAGUCCCCAAAGGAAAAUUCCCACACGCCCCUGCUGGAGGACUCGGUGACUCAGAUGACCCCGGAGGAGCACUACAGGCGCAUGAUGUCAGCACUGAACGAACACAGCACGUUUGAAGAGCAGCAGCAGCAGCAACGUCUCUACCAGCUGGCCAACAGCAUGGCAGUGCCCAGCCAUGGAGAUCUCCUCCGGGCGCGGCAAGAGGUGGCGGCGGCGGCAGCGGCGCGCAACCCCGGCGCGAUGGAAGCGCACAUCCCCUCGGCCAGCAACUCUUCCAGCCAGCGGAGGAAGCAGGGCCUCCCCCAGCACAGGGACACCCACUUCCCCGAGAGGGAGAUAUCCCACCCACCACCUCUGCUUUCACCCCAGAAUGCACCCCAUAUUGCCCUGGGGCCCCACUUGAGACCUCCUUUCCUUGGGGUGCCUUCUGCUCUCUGCCAGACACCAGGUUACGGGUUCCUGCAGCCAGCACAAGCAGAGAUGUUUGCACGGCAGCAAGAGAUGCUACGAAAGCAAAACCUGGCCAGGUUGGAGAUGUCGGCCGAGAUCAUCCGCCAGAAGGAGCUGGAGAAUCUCCACAGGCAGAGGCUCCUGGCCGGGGACCCUCUGAGCCUGCAUCCCGGCUUGCCCCCAGACCACCCGGCCCUGCGGAAUGUGCACGACAUCCCCGAGGGCCACCCGCUGCGGGACGAGCUGUCCCGGAGGAACGCGAUGCUGGUGCUGAGACACAACAACACCCCCCUGCUCUCCCUCAACCCCAGCGUGCCCAGCAGUGCCACCCCACCCAAGGAGCAGCCCCGGCGGGGCAGCCGGAAAGCCGCGCAGCACCGCGCCGAGCCGCAGGGGCCGAGCGAGGCCAAGGAGCUGGCGGAGCCCCGGGCACGGGAUGGGGCUCCGGACUGUAACGACGAGGAGAUGAAGGACUCUGAGAGCGACGCGGACGUCAGCGACGAGAAGCCAGAGAGCCUGAAGGCUGAGAGCAGCGGCUCGGCCGCCGAGCUCAAGGAGUGCAAAGAGACGGGCAAAGUCUGUGAAGGGGCCAAGGAGCUGGGUGAAGCGGCUGCAGGGCAAAAUGCCCCCUGCAGCUCCUCCAGUGCAGAGUCCCCCAGCCACUUGCUUGGCCCAGGCAUCAACAAAAACGAGGUGAAAUACCUCCCGCCAGCCUCCAUCCCGCCACCUCAGCCGCUGCCCUUUGGAUUCCCCUACACCAUGAGCCCCUACUUCCAUGCAGGCACCAUGGGAGGUCUGUUUCUGGAUGGCGAGGAAAGCCCAGCGCUGGAAGACAUCAGCAAAUGGACGGUGGAGGAUGUCUGCAGCUUCGUGUCCAACUUGUCUGGCUGCACCGAGUACACUCAGGUAUUCCGAGAGCAGGCGAUUGAUGGGGAGACCCUGCCCCUCCUGACAGAAGAGCACUUACUGAACAACAUGGGGCUGAAGCUCGGGCCAGCACUGAAGAUAAGGUCACAGGUCGCCAAGAGAGUGGGCAGAGUUCUCUACAUGGCAGGUUUCCCCAUGGCCUUCCCCCUGCAGCCUCCCGGCCUGCGGCCCCCGGAGCGGGAGCUGCCCCCGGCCGAGCUGCGUCCUUCCUCCACCGGCAGCGUGGCCUCCCCGUUCAGCAGCGCCCUGCCCACCAGCCGCGCCUCCCCCAAGCAGGAGAACGGGAACUCUUCCCUCCUCACGGGCAUCAGUGACACCCCCAAACCUCCAUCCUAACCUGCAGGACACCUCCUGAGCUUUCUGGGACUGGGGCCAGGCGGACGCGCGGAAGGGAACGGCCUUUGGAGAGACCAGCAGAGCCUCCCGCAGCCGCAGGAGUGAGGAAGGGAGGGGUUUCAUUCUUCUUCUUUUGGAUGCAUUUGCUUUUUUUUUUUUGUUGAAAAACCAAAACCCAACGGCGCCACAGAAGUUUUUUAAAAGAAACUGUAAAAAAAAAAAAAAAAAAAGGGAAGGAAAGACAAACUAUCCAAAGACGUCCUGAGACAACGCGAGUGAAGAGAAAGAAAAUGGAGGGUGGCAGCAGCAUUCCCGGCCCUCCUUGGAGAGCCAUGGAGAAGGAAUGACCACAUUUCUUUGCCUUCAAAGAAAUCCUGGCUUUCAGGAACUUCUGGGCAUGACUCCAAGCAGGGAAGGGGCAGGGGCUCUGCUCCUCCCCAUGGUACUUGGCACCCCUGAGCAAAAACCCAUCAAAACAAAUGAAAACAACCUUCCCAAAUAGCUCCUCCUCCCUGGAGACUGUACUCAGUUCCUCAUUCAGGUGUCUAUGCAUCUCUAGCGACUUUUAAAAACAAUACCAAAGACAGACAAAAAGAAGAAAAAGAUUUAAAAAAAAAAAAAAAAAGAAUAAUAAUAAUAAAAAGGCAACUUCGGGUCCAUGUUUACCUGCGAGCGGGCGGUACGGGCAGCUCGGUGCUGUCCCCAGGGCCUGGCCCCUUGUCCCCUGCAGCACACACAGGAUGGGCUCUGUCCAGGCUCCAGCCCUGCAGAGCUGGUUGAUUUCGUUUGGUUUUUUCCAUUACAUUUUGUUUUAAAGAGCAGAAUAAAGGCGUGUGCACGGGCGGCAGGGUCACAGGGCUCACUCCAGUGUGGCCGACCUCCCCUUCCCUCCUCCAUGUGUACAACAGGCUCAUUUCUACAGUUGGGAGGUGGGUGGUUUGUGAUUUAUUUUUUGUUUGUAGGGUUGUUUUUAAUCCGUUUCGGAGGUGGAUGUAGUUGCACAUUCUGGCCUGCUGUGGACCAUGAGACCUGUGCGUUCCCAGAGGAGGGGGAGGGAUCCUGGGGGAUUCAGGCUAAAAACAAUGGGUAGAGUUUUUUUUUUUACUACUGUGAACAAGAUGGUAACUCCUGGGGGUGACCUCCUGUGACUUGUACAGUUGUGAACAACAAUCACAUGUGGUACUUUUCUCUCUCUCUCCCCCCCCUCCACCCCCCCCUUUUUUUUUGGUUAAACGUUGCACGUGCUGCCGUUUUUCUUACAGACUAGCUUGGUGGUACAUUAGCUUCUUUAUAUUGUAAAAAAAAAGAAAAAAAAGUCAUUAUCCAUCACAUCACGAUAAAAAAAAAUGCUUUCCAGCAAUCUAAAUAAAAAAGAAAAAACACUUAA